GCUGCUCUCCCGCAAGGCAAGUUUGGACCCACGUUUUCCUGAAUAAAAUCGUAACUUAAAUAUGUUUUAGCACCAAAUAUCUGGAUUAUUUGCCUUUUCAACUUACAGAGCGAUACAGCUCAAAGUAACUGUCCACAACAUCAGUGAUUACUGACGUUUUACUCACGUGCAGACCAUGUGGAUCUCGCUCGACAUUACGCCAAGGGUUUUAUUUGUACACUCGUUCAUUUAAUCACUUAGGGCCUUAUAUACUUCAUCAGAUUAAGCAGCAAUGUGGAGAUAAGUCAGGUCCUGUGUAUGCUAAAGACUGCCUCGUUGCUCAGAUGAGUAGCGGGACGUCCGAGCGUGGGGAGGAGGGGGAAGAGGUCGAUGUUAUCCCGUCGAAGCGGCUCCGCAUGGGACACUGUGGCGCAGAGACCCCGAGAGCAGCGGAGGGGACAGAGGGGGCUGCAGUGGACGUGUCCAUAGUCAUGCCCGUGCACAAUGCAUCCUGCUGGCUGGAUGAGUGCUUGCAAGCCAUCACACACCAGGACUUCAGUGGAUCCAUGGAGCUGUCAGUCUAUGAUGAUGCCAGCACUGAUGAUUCCAUGAAGGUGGUGGAAGGCUGGAGGGAGAGGCUGGAGGCGAGGGCCAUUUCUGUGGUGAUUUCUGGUCAUAACUCUGCCCAGCCAAGAGGAGUGGGUUAUGCAAAGAAUAAGGCCAUAUCACAGAGUUGUGGACAAUACCUUUGCUUUCAGGAUGCGGAUGAUGUGAUGUUGCCUGAGAGGAUUCGCCUGCAGUACGAGACCGCUGUCCUCCACCCAAACUCUCUGAUUGGCUGUAGAGUUCGGAGGAUUCCGGAGGGAUCUACUGAGCGUUACACUCGCUGGAUCAACACAACCACUCAGGACCAGCUCAUCACCCAGGUGUACACCUCUCAUGGGCCCACGGUGGUCAUGCCGACAUGGUUCUGCUCCAGAAACUGGUUCCACGGUGUUGGCCCGUUCGAUGAGGGAGGCAAGGGCGUCCCGGAGGACCUGCUCUUCUUCUACCAGAGUCUUCGUCAGGGAGGGGGCGUGGCCAGGGUUGACCACUGCCUGGUGGUCUACCGCUACCACGAAAAGGCCGCCACACACUCUGUGCUGGAGGAGACCAUUUGGAACCUGCGUGUGGGCUUCCUGCAGGAGAGAGUUCUCAGCCAAUGGGAGAGCUUCACCAUAUGGAACGCUGGGAAACAGGGGCGGAAGCUGUACCGAAGCUUGACUCCGGCCAAUCAGAAGAAGGUCAAGGCAUUCUGCGAUGUGGAUGAGAACAAGAUCCAGAAAGGCUUUUACACAUAUGAGGAAUCCAAGGAAAGACCAAAGCCAAAGAUCCCGGUUGUUCACUACAAAGACGCCUCUGCUCCCUUCAUCAUCUGUGUUAAACUGGACAUGACAGGAGGCGUGCUGGAGGAAAACCUUGUCUCUUUGCAGCUGAAAGAAGGAACAGACUACUACCAUUUCAGCUGAGGUGACUGCUGGGACGGAUGCAGGAGGAGCGCUGCAGCUUUAACAGGCAGAGGAAUGCAGAGGAGUGGAUCACUUACACACACACACACACACACACACAUAUACACACACACACUAGCCAAGUGAUGGGUGGAUGAUAAAAGAACAACGCCCUGCAGUAGGUUGAAGGACAAUACCUAGAGGGGCGAGAGGAGAAGCUGGCAGUAUACUUUUACAACUAUAAAGCCCCGACACACUUGGAAUUUGAAAUUUGUCAGACAAGCCUUCCAAGUAAAUCACUGAUUUACAAGGCAAAAUAGAAGUAGGAGCUGUUUUCCAACUGAAAAAGGCUCCAAGGUAUAUCCCUGCCCCGAUUUCCUCUUGCAUUACACCUGAACCUCACUACUGAUAUUGCAGAGAUCUCCAAAACUGGAAUAGGGUGGGUCGAGCCACUAGAGGAAACCAUAAACUAACCCAUUAGAGAAAAGACAACAAUGGGAAAUAUAUGAAGACUAGAGAUGGGAUAAAGAAAGAAGUGGAGGAAUGCUAAUGUGAUCUCACUGUUUUUUCAGUUACUGUGGUCAAAAUUUGAGUGAAAAAUGUACUUGAAGGAAAACAGCUGUUUAUCAUGUAACGUGACACAAAUGUUGCCAAUGUUGACCAUUGGAUAAAUAAAAUGUUAUUCUGUU